AUGUUCAGAAACAAUUACGACAAUGACUCCGUCACAUUCUCUCCUCAAGGGCGAAUAUUCCAGGUCGAAUAUGCGGCGGAGGCAGUGAAGCAGGGUUCCGUGGUCGUGGGAAUUGCCAGCAAGACACAUGCUGUACUAGUAGCUAUCAAGCGAAAUGCCGAAGAACUCUCCUCCUAUCAAAAGAAGCUAUUUUCCAUCGACGAGCAUGUCGGCAUCGCCAUCGCCGGCCUGACAUCAGACGCGCGCGUGCUGUCCAACUUCAUGAAGCAGCAAUGCCUAGGACACCGUCUCACGUACGGUCGAGAUAUGCCCCUACGCAGCCUGGUCGAGAUGAUCGGUGAGAAGGCGCAGAUUAACACGCAACACUACGGCAAGCGUCCAUACGGCGUGGGACUGCUGGUGGCCGGCGUGGACGAGAAGGGCCCGCAUCUGUUCGAAUUCCAGCCCAGUGGCAUGACCGAGGAGAUGGUCGCGUUCGCCAUCGGCGCGCGGUCCCAGAUGGCGAGGACGUACCUGGAGAAGAACAUUGACAGUUUCGAGUCGUGUGAUCGCGAGGAGCUCGUCCGGCAUGGCCUCAAAGCACUGAAGGAGAGUUUGGUGCAGGACCGGGAGCUGACAGUCGAGAACACGAGUGUCGGUAUUGUGGGUGUCACAGUGUCGAAGGAAGGCAAGAAGAAUGUUGAGUCCUUCAAGGUCUUCGACGGCCAGGAAGUGCGAGCCUGGAUCGACAGCGUCGCAGAUGAUGGCCAGGGAGGCGGAGAUGAGGAGGCGACUGGCGAGGGAAUGGAGGUGGACAGCUAG